AUGACAACUGACGGAGGUGAGAUCUGCUCCAAAAAAAUCUGAAAUCGUGAGCAAUUAUAGCUCAUUCAAACUACUUUUCCGUUUCUGGUUGAACUAUAUUCCCCGGCUUAUUCUUUAUAAACAGCUACCAUUAUCAAAUUGAAAGGCAUUUAACGUCAAUUGUACAGAUAUCGUUCUGCGCGGGACAGCAAAAGGCGCAGUAGCUCUUUUUUUUUUUAGCAAAGCUGAGGAUUCCCUUAUUUGGCCAAAACCGAAUAGGGUAUGGUUUUCAGGGUAAUACAAGUUUACCAAUUUAAGUCUUGAACAGCGUAUCUUUUCUGAGUGGAAGCGAAAGCUGGCGAUGCGCGGUCUACAUGCCGAGGUACCAACAAUAUAUUUUCAAAAAAACUCUAAUUUCAUGAUGUUAAUAUAAAAGCACCUCUAAAUUCCUUGUGUAAAACGAAGUGAAUCAGAGUUGUGAAAUUAGGUCUCUUGUCUUUAACAGGGUGGCAAAAUAAACAAUUUUUUGUCUUAAACAGGGUUAGGGCUUGAAGGGCUCGGCGACUCCUCCCCCACCCCACCCCCCUCCCGGAGGAUUUCAUACGUUAUGCGUGGGAGACAGCCGUUGAACUACUGUCUAAACAUAUCACCGUGGCAAUGAAUGACAACAACGUGCUAAAAUAUGCAUCCCGAUGAGGCCUUUCGAACUAUUUUGCUUCAAAGACCUUCAAUAAACUUUGCAGCGUUAUUAUUUUUUCUUAGCGGCAUCAACAGGCAGCGUAUUUUUGGACUCAAUUCGAUUGCGUGACCGAAAAUUACCUUGAAUGGUGAACAAAACAGGCUGAUCUAAAUUGUCGAAAUAGCAUAUUGCUCUUACAUUCUCUGCAUUACGUCAUAAAAGUUAUAUAGCACUACCUUAUUUUACAUCGCUUCGAGAUUCAUUCUGCCUCGGAACUUUCGCGCAUGACUUUAUUAUGGCGCCGCCUCGCAGCCUCGUGUCUGCUCGUUGGCAAUUAUUUGAAUAGCUGAAGAAACAAGUUGGGGUGCGUUUCUUUACAAAAAAAUACCAAAACGGAUUAUUGAUACAAAUGAUCUACAAUGGAGGAGGAUUCUUUGUAUCAUAUCCAAAACCGCAUACUUUGGAUGCAUGAUCCGAAGCGUUUCUUUACUACGGAUCCGAAAAGAGUGAAUACAGUCGGCGGUAACUCGAAACAAUUUUAAUACAUACAGCAGCUGUUUUGCAACGUAACGCUGCUCAUCUCAACGGCCAUUUUUCAACUCGAGGCAUGAAUUAAACGAUUGACUUUAUCCCGCGUAAUUUUUAUCGGGAUAGUAAAAUCGCAAUACAAACGGGACUUGCAUUGUUCUAGUUCUAAACGGCAAGUCGAGACACUUCGCCGGAGCGACGUGCAUCAUUUUACAAUAACGUUUCACGAUGUCGAGACUGUUCAGUCAGAUCAAUCUGCUCUAUCCUGCGUAGUAGCAGGCGUUGAAAGGGGUAGGGAAUAGAGAGGAAGGGGAAAAGGAGGGGGAUUGGGGAGAGAGGGUAAGGGGCGCCUGGUAUAAGAACCCCGCUUUUGUUCAUUGCUGCGGACGCUCGCGUCCGCAAAUUUCCGACUGGCUAAGCCGUGAUGAGUAACUUAUUGGCGUGGCAGUAAGAGAAACAUGAUGAAGGCAUCAAGAAAAUGUGUUCUACUGGCAUAAGCUUUGGAAGAUCAAAAUUACUCCAAUCAUGUAGCAACUUAACGUUUAAACCCGAACUGGAACCAACUGAAAUAGCUUUAAAAAAUAAUCCUGAAAGCCAUCACGUAAGGCCAUGAGAAUCGCUUGAGGCUUUUCAACCCACUUACGCAUCAAGCAAGGUGAAGUAGAGUAAGCUACAUUUUGAAAACGAUGCCAUCCGAAAUCGGAUUUCCGAUGAAUUUCACAAGCGGUGUAUUUGUCAACCAAAAAUCCAUUAAACAAACCAUCCACGAAUAACAGAAGAAUCUUAAUAGCGAGCUGCAUUUAAUGAAUUUUGUACAUCCAGUGGAAAAAGACAGUUAAAAGCAUCAUAAGAUGACAAAAACCCUCAGCUAUCUGCGUAAACAAGUUUCCAAAUGCUGCAAAAUAUUUCCACAUGAAUUCACCAGUCAAAUUUUGACCAAUCGAACAAAAAAAUUGGGAGUAGAGCAUGGCCAGUGCAUGACUAUGGUGAGAAAUGCGAAAAGCAUCUGCCUUCCCUGCGUUUUAGAAGCUGACUAAAUUUUCGCGUCGGAAGUCAGUUUGAAAUCAAAAUUUUAAUUGUUCAGCUCAUAAACACAACUUAUUUCCUGUGCAUUGAAAAAAAAUCGAGUUUGAAUCUGCGCAUGAUAUUUGAAAACUAGUAACUUUUCAGUGGAUAAAUUCAAAAAAAAAAAGUACACUUUAUGGAUCAAGAAAUAAGCCCUCGAUAAGGUCAAGUGAUACUGGUCAGCGGAUACUCUGUUAUGACAGCUGUCAACUGACCACGACAUGGAUGUGCUAUAUCAGGUUGCAGGCUCCCAAACUAGCUAGGAAGUGUGAGAUUUAAUAUUGGUUUCCCUGUUCUGCAGACGGACGGAUGGACACGUGACUACUAAAUUUUCUCAGACAGAUAGAAGCGCGCACGUCGAGCUUCCCUAUUAAAACAGCCAUUCUUAUUGAUUUUACAGAAUGUAGAACAAAUAAUAAAAUACCUCUUUAUCUUCACAUUUUCUUUCAGGAGGCUGGCUUCUUAUUUCCAACAUCACGAUGGAAAGUUCAACUCCUCCCUCUCAACUGCCAAUCAAGACUUCAUACCGUGGAAUAACCAGUGAUCAGAUGGUUCUCACAAAAACCGCCAUGAAUGAGCUGAGAACACACUUGUCUUUCACCCAACUGAGAUUCCACUGCAGUAAAAACAAUGGACGUACAUUCCACGUGACCACUACUGCUAACAGCACUGGUGAAGCUGUAGUCCAGUACUUCAGUGGUCAGACGAAUGACCAGCCCGCCUCGUGUGGCUCAUACGUCAGAAUGGAAAAUGACAACUCAAGGUUAGCAGGUGUUUGCCAAAAGUGGGGAUAUGAACGCGGCCGAUAUAAGGUAUCUAAAUGGGGCCAUGGAUUUGAUAGACAGAGAUUAUACGACCACCCUGCUUUUGUUUUGUAUGCAUAUCAUUGGGCGCUUAAUGACGGUGGGAGAUGGGAAUGCGAUGAUAUGAGUGUUGGCGUGAACGCUGGUGAUUUCUGGAAAAUUUACGUUCGCUAAAAUUUGUCUCGACGUCUGUUUUUAUAUACAACUGUGUAGUCUUAUUGGCUGUAGAAGUUUCAAUUUUUUAAACCGCGAAUUUACUCAUUUACAAAAACGCACUCCUCCAAGAGGCGAGGACCAUAAAUAAAAGUUUUAGUAUUUACCAAAUCACUGAAUAGCAAUUUUCGCGCGUUUUGUUUCGCUCCCGUAACUCGGAGUAUCCUUGGCUUUUCACUUUUGCGUCCGGAGUCAAGAUGGCGUCUCGUUUCGAGACAUUAAUUUAAACGAUAAAUGAAGCAGUCGUACAAACACAUACCAAGAAAGCGACGAACUCUGGCUUGUCGGUGUUUAGUAGUAGGUACAAAAUUAUUUUCAUGCUGAAUUUGCAACAAAACCGUAAAAAUACACUUGACAAAAUCCCCGAAAUGUUUGUAUAUUGUAUACAAAGUUUCUAUUGAGUGACGUUUUUAGUUUACGAAAUUUCCUUUUUCAUUUUUAUCCAACUGAUUUGGUAAAUACUGAAACAACUAUCCCCCUCAUGGUCGGUGAACAGCGCUAGAUAUAUACCUCGAAGCUUCGCGUCUCGGUAUAUGUUUACCACUAUUCACCUCCCCUUGGGGAUUGUUGCCCCGCAGGAUUUCGCCCAGAAGGUGAAAUCCCGAGGAGGCAUUCUAGUAACUUGCGGGUAUAGUAAGGAAAGUACUUACAGUUGAAAUAUACAGUCAGACAGUCAAUAUAGAAAAAAUCUCGAUUUGCUUGAACAGGGGCAGCGAGGAAUCGGUAGGUAAUGAUGACGUUUCUAUUGUUUGCGCCCGCAAGUACGAAAUGGUUAGGAUGACGUAAAGACAGAACAUCCCCAAGGAACUGCUUAGGUAGAUUUUGUGACAUUUAUUGUGCAGUCAUACUUUAUCAGUGACAUUCUGUGGAGCAGUUGUUUUAGUGAAAGUUAUGGAGCAAAAUUUUAACGACACUCGUUAAGGGCAGAAGAAGUUAUAAGGUGCGUAUAACUGUGUAUAUAUAAGCACUUGGAGAGUUUGCCAGACACGAGUUCACAAAUCUUUCGUUUAAAAUAAGAUUAGAAUACGCGAGUGUGAAUUGAUCAAACGUCCUUUUAAUUUCUAAGGCUUCCUUUCCGGCAAACAAAAUGAACUGGAUGUAAAAAGUGAAAGAGAAAAAGCGAAAAAUUCAACUUCUAAUUAAAUCUUUUCUUAUGGUUUAGAAUAAAUUAUUCUCGAAACUGAGAAUGUUUUGAUCAAUGUGUAAAUCGACCUGAAACUGUGCAUGGAACCUUGCGUUUCCUGUAUUUAUCUCACCUAUUGUAUGGAAUAUAUGUGAAAAUCUUCCUUAUGAAUCGGUAUAUUUCAAAGAGCUACACAACGAGCAAGAAUGCUAUUGACCGACAAUAUGCAGAGCGGUGGCAGCUGUAAUGUCAACUAGUUAACAAUUAGUUCAUGCGUCAGCGUGCGUAUGUCGAGAUAUUGAGCACGCGGGAAGUUUGGAGAGCACGAAAGAGGCGUAAGAGUUGCACGAGGCGCAGCCGAGUGCAACUCUAGCCUCUUGAGUGCUCUCCAAACUUCCCAAGUGCUCAAUAUCUCGACAUACGCACAGCUGCAGCAUGAACUAAUUGUUUUAUAACAUUAUCAAAGCGAUCAAUGCAGCAGUUAACUGAAAAUUUUAUUAUUGAAGGGCGCGCUCAAAGCAGUACGCGUCAAUGUUUACGUGAAUAUAUCUUUUUUCCUCACAGUUAAUCUUAUGUUUUUAUCCUGAAACUGAGAGAAAGUGUACUCUAAAAUGAUUGUAAAAUCCAUAUUUAGGUGUCGGAAAACUAUUAAUUUCCCGAAAAAUUGUUAUUGAGAGAAAACAACUUUGCAAAGAAUGAGCUCACGCCAUAGCCCGCACAGCUCGCGGAGAUGACAACAACAACAACAACACUCACCUCUUUUCCUUACUAUCGGUUAACAAAUUCAAACGUUUCCUCUUAAAUUUCUUUACAAAACACAUGGUAAACGCUUCAUUGUCUAUUGCUGAGUUAUGGAUUCACUCAGGAGACUCAGGAUUGCUAAGCUCACAACAACUCGAGGAAUUACGAAUAGUUUAUUGACGUCAUCAGCGUGCUCAAUAGGAAUAUGAAGCACGCUCGCGCUAUUGAAUUUGAUUAGGCGAAUUUUCUAGCUAUGUUAUAAUACUAGUUGUAUAAUAAAUAGGCCAUUCCAGAAUGACGUCUUCAGUGUUAGAACUUUUGUGUUUUAAACCUCGCUGGAAUUACAAAAUUUAAACAUGAAAGGAAAAACGAAAUUGCUCCUGGGGGUAAAAGUACUUGUAGUAGAAUGACGCAAUCGUGCAAAUGGUCGAUUGCUGACUUGGAUGUAAAUACCUUGAUUUAAUAUCAACCGAUUUAUAUAAUAUGAAUAAGUUAUAUCUGUUAGGAGAGAUUGUUCUUAUACUUUUUGGUUUGCAGUAAGCCUUAAGUCCGUUUUUGUUCAUUGUAUUUUUUCCAAGUAUCCGCUUUAAAUAAAGCCGCUCAUGCCAUUUAAUCAUUGUCUUACUGUUAGCUCGUCUGAACAUCAAAGUUUGCCGGAUCGACAAACAGGUUCUUCUAGUCCGCUUCAGACGGAUAGGAAGUGUACAGUUCUUCUCGGGACAAAAAUACAGAUAUCAAGGGGACAUGCGAAUAAAGUGUUUGUAUUAUCUGGGUUUCCGUAAAAUACUGUUUAUUCACUACAAAUUAAUAUAUUGAGCUGUUUGUCGGAACAAAGAGAAGUGUGUGUUAUAAACGGGUUUCUACAAAGCAGGCCUCCACCGAUGACUAUGACAUUUUUUCGCGUCCUUUAUUACUUUUGAACUUAAUUCGAUGCUUAGCCAAGUUCGACGUCAGCGACCCGCUAGUCUAACUUAACUGAAGUAAGGUCGACUCAAGUACCAACCGAGCGAUUUCUUAGUGUUCCGAGCCAAUAACAAUUACAGCAAGGAGCCCAAAAGUGUGAUCGCUUUUGAUUUAUUUACAUUAUUUCGUGCAGAUUUAAUCCAAUCAGAAGCCAGCUAGAAACUGUUCUCGAGUUGUGAUUGGUUAAUGACUGCAUGAAAGAAUGUGAGUUGAUGAAAGGAGGUCACACGUUUGGGUUCCUUGCUGUAACAUCCAAAAUAGGCAACGUAUUCGGUCUUUCUUUCCCUUUAACUCGGUUAGGACAGCUUUUUCCAAAAUCUUGUCCGUGCUCUUUGUGCCCGUACGGAGCCUGAGCCUGAUAGUUGCCAUCAAUCUUUUUAGUGCAACUUUUUUCGAGAUUGUUUUCGCGACUUUUGAAAUUAUCUUAUUGCACUUAAAAAAUUAUCUUAUUGCAAACCCCGUCCCGCCCUAUUCCUUCCCCGAACCUAACCUGAUAACAAGCCAACAAACCAUCAGGAGGGCAUUUUGCAUGCGCAUGCAUGCAACCGAUGAACGACAAUAGCGUGGGCGCAUCAAAUCUGAAGGCGGGAAAAUGAAAACUCGCGCAAAGUUACAGUCCUCUUAAAAGCCAGUUCGUUCGUGCUUUAAAUACUGUACUUUCCUACAAAAAAUGUUCUCCAUGACAAAAAUCGGACGUUUUCUGAGCAGGUUUUCAAUUGUAAAGUUUUCAGCCGUAGAUAGGACUCAACACCAAAAAUUACUGUUCCUGUAUACAUACCAUAAAAUUCCAAAAAUAAGCCCCUCCAUGUAUAAGCCCCCAAACUCGUAACGCAAAAACCCUCCGUUAAAUCGCCCCUCCGAAUAUAAGCCCCCGAAAUUGUACUUGAAAUUUGUCCUCGAAUACAAAGUAAAACAAAGCAAAAUGGUAAAUUUCCUUCCCACUACAAGCUAGCUCAAUCGAUUUUGAAACGCAAAUUUCCCUCCGAAUAUAAGCCACUCCGAAAAUCAGCCCCUCAAAAAGGGCCUUUGAAAAAUAUUAGACUACGAGUAGUCCCUCAUUUUUCCUCAGGGAUAGUAGAGCGGGCGAAACGCGAGCGCGCGUGAAAAUCACCCCACGAGAGAAAAGGCGACACGCGGGAAGGGGAUACGAACUUCACACGCCAAAAUCAGUCGGCCGUGAAGGGUCAAAAGCUUGGGCUUUGUCUGUAGUCCCUCAUUUUUCUCUCCCCGCCGCGUGUCGCCUUUUCUCGCGUGGGUGAUUUCACGCGCGCUCACGUUUCCCACGCUCUACUAUCCCUGAGGAAAAAAUGGGGACUACUCGUAGUCUAGAAAAUAUAAGCCCCGGGGUUUAUUUUCGGAAUUUUACGGUAUGAUAUUUUCAAGGCAAUGAAUUUCUAUGGUUUGAUUUCUAACUCAUGGUCUUAUUCAUCAACAGAAAAGGGUGUCGUAUCAAUGUUGCACUUCUAUAAGAAGAGCGAGAAAAUGUUUUACUACACGAGGUUUAUUCAUUUAAUAGAGCGUUCUUUAAUUGAUCGAUGAAAUACGCGUUAAUAUAAAUAUGGCACAAAAACACGAAAUCUAUGCUUUAUUUACAGUCCCCGGAAAAGUAUAAAAAUAGGCAGUCUAUGACUACAUGUGGCUUACUGUAUACCUUCACCCCAAUAAGGGACGACGUCUGACAUUUGCAGACUUCACACGGCAUUAGUUUAAGCAAAAUGGAAUUAACCCCAAGGAAACCAGAGUAGAACAAAUGGCAAGAAAACUGUGGGUAUGCAGUCUGCAAGUGUAACAUAGUUAUACAGGGGUAUAUGUCCCGCUAAUGUUUAAUAAGUACCAGUCCAACAGAGGUCAGAAAAUAACAAAGAGUUGGGCUUGACGGGACGUAAUAGUUUUUAUUUGAGAUGCUUGCUGAAGGUUUGUAUUAUGUGUAAAUCAUCCAUGAAUUUUAAGGGCCAAAUAACUAUUAUAAUUAUUUCAAGUAACACUGUUAAGAAGACAGGGCAAUAGCGCUAAAAGGAAACGAAGCUAAAAAUUACUAACACGGCUAAACAAUACAACGUGGACAGUAAAACGACAUUACAAUGUAAAAAAGUAAACAAACACGCUAAGGAACAUGCUAGGUCACGAAAGAAGAACAAGCGUGACAAAUACGAAACAAGAGACGAAAACAUAACAAACGCUACAGUAAACGUAGCCUGCGUGGCAGGCGUUCGAAAGGGAAGUAGAAGGGAAUUAGGGUGCGAGACCACGCGCGAGGGAGGAGGGAGGAGGGGAACGCCUGCAAGGAAGCCAUUGUUUUCGCCAUCCCGCCUACUAAUUAAAAAAUAACAAAAAUAACGCAACUGUGAAAGACUAGCUGUCAAAUAGAAGAUAACAAGCACAGAGGCAGCAUGAUUUUUCCUUUCUUUCUUCUGGCGAGUAGAACCGACAAGCCGUUGAGAGAUGAUACUUUUCAGAACCAGUCAGUAAAACUCAUCUGCUGACAGGCGUUUUCCUUCAUACGGUUUUUUAACUCCUUUUUUCUAUUAUCUUUUUAAGCUGAAAUAGAUGCCUUCUAACAAUGAAUUCCCGUAGAGAAAUCUCAUCACGCUUCACUAACGACAUAUGUUUAGUUACUCAAAUGGCGUGAUGUUAAAAAAAAAAAGAAUAAAAUGUCAAUCUUCGACUUAAUACCUUUUUCCGAUUAAUUAAUUAAAAUUAAUUCUGACCAAUCACUAUUUUGGAGAAAAAAAUGGCGUCCUUGCAGGCGUUCUUUUCCUUUCUCCCUCGCGCGCCAAGUUCCCGCUUCCCCUUCUCCUUUUAACGCCUGCCACGCAGGCUACAGUAAACGAGGGUCAAACUGAGGUUGUGAUCUGCGAUCUAACAACGGCUUCGUUACGUUCGGACGAAUUAUAUAUCUUUUUGACUUUUUGUUGAAUUAAAAUAGUAGCUAUAGAUAGUAUCUUCUAACCAGAGUUUAAUAUGAUUUGCAUCAAUACUAAGUAAAACAGAUGAAGGUGGAAUUGUUUUUAAAGCAUUUUCUUACGCUUCUGUCUUAGAUUAUUCCCUCCCCGAAGGCAAUCUUGGCUUCCCUGAAAGAGAUUAUUCGCUUCCCAAAGGACUUGACUCUUGAAAAGGUUUUGAGAUCGCCACAGAGAUGUUCAACUGCACUAAACACUCGAUCGCGCUUCGAUGGAGUCAAACAUUCUCUGGAAAAUUGGAAACUGACUUCUCUGCUAACAAGUUCUCCAUAAAUGAGAAGAUAACUGCGCUUGAUUCUUUCACCUAAAUGGUUUAAACUUAUUACGGAUGAAGAGACUCCUGGCGACGGUGACAAAUUUGAGAGCACAUAGCAAAUCGAAAAUUUCUCGUGUGAUCACGUGCUAAUUCCGAGUAAUAGUUGAGGCCAUUCGAAGCUAUCCUCGACAAACGUUGAACAACCGACGAUGUUCCGAAACAAAAAGGGGCUAAGAUCGGGGAAUAUCGGAUCGAAAUCGGUAGAGUUCGUCAGUGGGCUCGGGUUGUUUUGUUAUACUCAAUCACUCAACGCGAUAUAAUAAGUGGCUGACAGCCUCUAAGAGGCAGAAAGCCACAAAAAUUCGAUAGGAAAAGAAGAAUGAAUUCAGUCUAAAAUGACAACAUUUUUAAGUGAUCAUGUGCUACGUAUUUUGAUUAUUUCAUAAGCUCUCUUUCAGACAAUACAAAUGGACGUCGAAAAAACGAACAACUUCUUUUUCUUACUUAAGUUUCAGUUAUUUCAUGCUAGGGGUGAGCUCGGUUUGCUGGGAGAACUGAACGGACACCCUUAUUUGUCGUAAUUUGGCCACUCAGUUAAGUGGCCGUUUAUUGAUAAUACCAAAUCAAAUUACACAAAAACCGUAAAUAAAAACCUCAUCCCAGCAAAGGUGAGGGCAAACACGCACCGAAUGAGAACUUAUCGCACCGAUGGGACUGAUCCGAAACCAUGGGCGGGGUAAUAGGGUGGGAAAAUGUUUGCCCUGCACCGAAGCUGAACUGAAAGAGGCCUGAAAUCACAUGUUCGAAUGUUUAAGUAUCUACCAUUGUAAGUCCCGGAUGUACCCAUCCGGGAUACUAAACACGCCGCGCAGGCUACAUAAAAUAAUUUAUUCCCCUUGGUAAUAAAUGUCAUUUCCUGAACUUUAAAAGAUACAGAGAUUUUCCCUCACCGACUAUUUUGACCCUUGAAUAAAAGCUGUUGUGUUCAACAAUCGAUUUCUUAUUGUUGCGUUUGAGGUACGAGAACGCAACCCCUAAUUUGUGUUGGGUGUUCUGUGCAUUAUUGGGUGUCCUGUGCAAUUAAUAAGGGAGCCUUUUAUGAGAUUGCACUUUCGUCGUCGACACACAUUUGCCUCUCUUUGAAGCGCUUGCUUACGUUUUGCUUCACUUUGACGCGCUAACUUAUGUGGUGAUUCUUGUGUCUGUGGCGUUCAUCUUUCAAAGGUUUGCCGAGGUCUGAUAUUCUGUCUUCGUAAAGCGUUUAUCUUUUAAAAAGUUUGCUGAAUCUUCGUAAAGCGUACAUCGAUCUGUGUUUGCUGAAUCGUCCAAAGCGUUCGUCUUUCAGAAGUUUGCUGUUAAAUUUUACUUUGGAUUAAGCCUUCAUAUUUUUCAGCAUGGUUCGUCACUCCUGGUCCAUGCAUCAAACCGGGUUUAGUUCAGCGGCCGUUGUGCCACAAAGUAAAUUUACCGAGUUGUGUAGCUCGGCAGCCGUUGUGCCACAAAGUAAAUCUACCGAGGUGUGAAGCUUGGCGGCGCCAUUUGAUCAUGACUUGUGACAUUUUCGGCACCGGACAAACGAACACUUUAACUCUAUGUUAGGAAAAAUCUCUGUAUCUUUUAGAGUUAAAGAAAAAUAAAAGUACUGUUCGUUUUUUUCGGAGUAUGUGCAUUCGUUUUGUUUGCAACUGAGCUUAUGAAAUGCUCAAGUGAUCAUGUACUUGUAAUUGUUGCUUCAAACUCAAUCCAUUAUACACUUCCUAUAGGAGAAUAUUUUUUAUAAAUUUUUCCGCGAAAACUUUCAAAAAACUGUUAAAACCCCAUAGAUUUCAAGUUUUGUGGCAUAUAUAAACGCGUGUCUCCGCGAUCAGUUUAACAUGAGACAUCGCGCUAAUAAAUAAACCUCGCGUGGUAAAUUUUUUUUUGUAUUUUGUCUUAAAGCAGCUGAACAUUGCUACGAUGAAUUUCCUCCCUAAAUAAAACCACGAGUUUGGAAAUCAAACCAUAGAAAUGCAUUGCUUUGCUAGUGAAAAUCAGACUUAUACAGGACCAUGACUUUUGUCGUUGAGUCUUGUCUUUAAAGGCCAAGAAAACCUACUGCUGAAAACUCUACAAGUGAAAACGCGCGUAGAAAACGUCCGAUUUUUGUCAUGGAGAAUAUUUUUUGUAGGAAAGUACGGUAUUCAAAGCACCAACGAAAUGGCUUUUAAAAGGACUGUAACUUUACGCGCGAGUUUUCGAUUUCCCGCCACCAGAUUUGAUGCGCCUACGCUAUUGUCGUUCAGCGGAUUCACGCAUGCGCAUCCAAAAUGCUCUCCUGUUGGUCGUAACAUGGUACAUCCGGGACCCAUUGAUCCCUAUUUUCUUGCCAUUAUUUUGAUCCCUGGGCCCCAUUUUCCCCCAAAUUUUGAUCCCUGAGCCCUGAUAAGAAAAAUUCACCCCAUCCAUGUUUUACACAAAAUUUUAACUUAGACAACUUUGUUUAUCUCCAGAUAUAGAAUAUAGAACACUAAAAUGCUUAAAUGGGCUGAUGAGAAAAAAAUUAACUUUAAUUUUUAGUGCAAGUUGUAGGUUCUAUCAGAGCUUUAAAGAUAAAUAUGAGUUAACUUUGUUUUGUGCAUUAUUCUAUUUAAAACUCUUUAAACAGAAUGUUUGGCGAUACUAGACAAAUGAUAAAACCUGAUUUUCUUGAACGGGAGCUUUAGUAAGAUACAGAAUGUAAGUUUUUGUUAAUUUAUACAUUAACAGUAGUCUACUUCACUUUAAGUAUCGUACAUCUUGAAAGAUCUUGCGGCGGAAACUUGAUUUUUUCGGAUGCAACGUUCAUCAAGAGUGUUUACAAGGUUUAUUUUCAGUGUUGCUCAUACGAGCUAGGCCACCCGGAGGUUUAUAAGCCAAUCACAAGAAAGCAUUGGAUUCAAAAUUCGAAUAAAUAAAUUUUUUAGUCAAACAGCAAACACAGCUAGCGCUGGUUGGUCCCCAGUUGAAUUAACGGCACUGUAAGGUACUUCUGAACUAAGGUCUUCCUCUAGCUUUCCAAUUCCUGUCCCCUACGAAUAUCUGCUUGCCCGGAUAACUUGUUCAGUUAAUCAAUGUCCUAUCUGUGUGGGUCACAGAUGUUUUAUUUCCAAAUAGACUCUUGCAACCAAACAUUUUACGUCGGCCGUGAAACUGGUCUACAAUAUUGAUAUUGAUAAAGUGUAAUCGUUUGUCUCUCCCUUGAACCUCUUUCAGGAGAUCGACUUCUCCAUGUGCUGACGCAUUCCGUCUGAACAUACUCAGAGCAAGUGCAAGUGUAUCAGUUCUUUCUUUGGUCUUCCCUCUCGUUCGUUGCUGUCGUACAGCCCGUCCGAAUUCUUUCGCAAAGCUCUGCAAUGCCUUCCUUUUGUUUCGCUCCUUUCCCUCCGCGCUCGUUUCCUCGUCCAUAUCCCCUUAGGUUUACUCUUGCCGUGCGACUUUCGAAGCCAUUUCGGUACCUUCGGACCCAGCUUUCUCUGUGUGUAAUGGCUUUGAGGGCCGGUAUAAAAGAUAUUCGAGGAUUGGUGGUAGGUGAACCGAUCUCGGUUUCUCAUCAGAGUUAGGGGACGGACCAUUAGAAAAGUUGUGGGGGGAGGGGUGAGAGGGAAUUUUCGAGCCGCAGGAAUUUCUUUUCGUUAUCAAAUUCCUUGUAUGAAUUUUUUUUUUUAGCCAUAGCAUGAAUAUUUUUAGGAUUAAUUGGCGUGCAUGAAUUUUUGUCAUUUAAUUUUCCUUUGCGCGAAUAUUUUUUUUGUACUUCGCCCGCACCCCCGCCAUAAGUUUUCUAAGGGUCCGUCCCUACAUUGCGAAAAAGCAUUUUUUUUUGCAACAAAGCACGCGAAUUUAUUGUACUUGUAUUCUACUUUUGACGUCCUUUCUAAUUAUUUAAGUACUUUUAAGGGUUAAGUUACUGGUCAAAAAAUACAAACCUCGGUUUAUAGUCCCCUUGUGACUUGCUUGAGGCGAUGAGGCUGUACAUUUAUUUUGAAUUCAGACAUAAUUUAAGCAGUCGCCGAAGAGAAAGGAAGUUCCAGAACUGAUCAAUAUCACUUACAAUCAGAGACUGGAAAUCUUUACCAAGUUGUCUCACUUGAAAAGCAGUCAGUGGAGGCUUUCAAAACGGCCGUCGUGAGCCAUCUUAAAAACGCUAACCCGGGAACUUUUUAUUCUUUAUUCACUUGACAUUAGCACCUUGAUUAUAUCUUAACACAAGCACCUGUGCAAUUACACAUCCGCCGUGAUGGGAAAUUCCCUUUGCAGAUAAUACGAUAAGAAUUAGAAUUAGAAUAACGGAAGGGCUACCUGCCAAAUUUCAUGCUAUUAACAGAAAGUGAACAAUUGAAGCACAUAUCUGCUCCGCUUUGUCAAAAAUAGUAUUUAAGAGGGUAAGGGGUUAGACCUUGGGGCGGUACCUCCUUGUAAUAUAUAGAUUUAGCCACGCCUAAAAGCGGAGCUCCCGAUUUCAUUACAAUAAUAAUAACGAUAAUAAUGAUGAUGAUGAAGAUCGUUUUAUUCACACUGGUACACAAUACGAUAUAACCUCGUUGCAAAUACUGAUACUUCCCAGUCGGUAUCGGGAUGUAAUCUAGCCUACGUGUAGCCGCAACCCACUCCCGACAAAGGAAGAAGAGGAGUCAAAGAAAACUACGAAAAAAGUACAACGUAGUUAGAUAAGGUUUAAAGAGCAGGAAAGAAAAAGGUCUUAAAAGUUGAAACUAAAACUAAAACUCUAUAACUUUAAAACAGCACAAGAAAAGAUUAACUUAUCCAAGGUGAAUUCACACAACAAAGUUAUAUAUGGUAUAAUAAAUACAUUAAUUUCAUAUACUGGAAAUGCAGAAUGAAGAAAUAAAUUCAGGGAAGAUCACCACAGUUAUCAAUGCAACUUUGGCACUGUACCUAACGUACCUAACCAUUCAUACAGUCAUUCUCCAAUUUCCACAGCAGCUGGUCAAUUAGCCUGGCAAUUCCUCAGAGAUUGUGGUGGGAAACAGUUAGAUGUCAUGUGACCUCGAAGUAACUAACGAGAAUGGUGCUGGGAAAUAUUUAGAUUCUUGGAAAACAAAAUUAACUGUUUCCCAUGGGCCAAGUCUUUAAGUGAUUUGUGAUGUUAAUAUUUUAAAAAAUUUAUAGCUGCAUGGAAUUUCAUUAAACCUCCCUGGAAUGUAAGUUGUUGGUCAUUCACGGGUAAUAGUGCACUGUUACCCUCUGAUGUGAAUGAUUUUUGCGAUGUUGCCUGCUUAGAGAAUAUUGGCACCAAAAGUUUCUUUGUUAGAUGUCAGGUGACAUUGAAAUAACCAAUGAGUGUGCACAUGGUUGGAAAGAAAUUUCCACCUAUAAUAACAAUGUUUCUUAAUAUAUCAUUGUUGUUGGAGAGAAAAAGGAAUGGACUGGAUUCAAGUAAAUAAAAUCUUUUCUUCUGUCAUCCUCCGUUUCCACUUCACCAGGCUUUGGAAACUCAUAGUCCACACCAACUGCCCUUGCUCUAGCAAUUAGGCGGUCAUCUUCUAAGUGGCUACUAUUAUUUACUUCUGGAAGAGGUUGCUGUGUUUCCUGCACGUUGCUUGCUCCCUCAAUUGGGCCAUUUUCUACAGCAGGAGUGUGUUGUUCCAACUCUUCUCCUAGUAAAUGAAUUAUUUGUAUUAACCAACUACACAAUUCAUAUAAGCUAUGGGGCUAGUGGAUUCUAUUUUUUAUCUUGCCUGAGGGAUAAUAGAGUUGCGAUUCUUGGGCUAACAGAUGCAAGCUACAGCCUUCCCGAAGGACAAGCACAAAACUGACCUCCUUUUCUUCGCACCCUAGUACUGCAUGCUUGUAUAACUGUACAAGAAUUACUAUUAUAAAGCUGUAUCUGUGGAAGUGUUCUCAAAACCUGAUUUCAAAUACAAAAUACACAAUAUUUCUACUUUUGAAACUUCGGAUAAUACAACAACCUUGACAAUCAUUUUCUAAGUGCUGAUAUUUCAUAAACCAGUCAUCAAAUAUAAUGGGAGUGACCCAACCAAUGAACUCAUUAUUAUGAUCCAAAAAUUAUUAUCUCUAUGAGAAUUCAAUGUAUUUUAACUUUGUCCUAGUCAAAGUAAUGCAACCCUAAGGUAAGUUUUCCCAUAAUAAUAAUGCACGAUCAAAUACAAACAGAACAAAAAUCCUACAAUCCAGUCAUGGAUAAUUAAGUGCAGACAUGAUGACUUGUCAUGUUUACCACAACAAGAACACGACAAAAGGUCUAAUCAAUGAAUUAUACAGCGUUUUUGUUUCAAAUAAAUAUGAUGAAUUCUGGGACUCAUCUUGUGAAAAAUCAUGAGUCCCUGUCCAAAACCAAUGAGUCCUCAUUAAAAAAAAAAAAAUGAGUCCAAAAUUGUAAAAUGCUUGGGCCUUUAUGUAACCAGACAGUUAAUCUGAAGACAGACUCCAAAACUCUGUUUUUUCAGUGUACUGAAAUUAAAGUAUAGUUCUUCUAUUUUAAAGCAGAAGUCAACAAAGGCUAAAACAAAUAUGCAUCACUAAACAACAACCAUAACUGCCACAGAAAUUACACGUACGGGAUAUUUCUACAAAUACACACGUUCAGAUCGAUAUAUCCAUGAAUUAUUUUAUGUCUUUGGCGAUUUUUUAUGUGUCAGGAACAUAGAUAGAAUGCAGAGGUAACAAAAUCACUGAUUAUAUAGCUGCUCUUUUGAGUCCAUGUAAAAAUAUAUAUAUAUGAAAGUUUUAACAUUCUUAUUUGUUACACACACACGCCCACCCACACCUUUAUUAAUUUCAAAAUCUUGGGUACAAAAAUGGAAAAAAAAAAAACUCACAAUGAAUAAAUAAAUAAAAAUAAUCAGGUAAAUUCAUAAAAUAAAACAUUGACAAAAAAAAAGUGUUACAAGAAAAGGAAAGAUUACUUAGGUAAGACAACAGAGCAUAAUUAAUUACACCAAAAAGGGGGAAGUUUUAAAAGUAUACAUGCUUCCCACCAGCAAAUUGUGGCACUUAAUUAGUUCUGAUAAAUUUCUAUUGUUUAUUAGCCCAAUCACAGUUUUUCAUUCUCUGAUAAAAUUGCAUUAUAUUUCUUUCUUUUUGCAUUAUGUUUCCUUGUUUUUGCAUUGUGUUUACUAAAAAGUACACUGCUCUAAGCCAAUCAAAUUCACAGAGAAAUUUUUUUCAUGUAUAUUAUUAACUUUCAUAAUAAAAUACCAUCUACCAUAAACAACUAACGGUAUAUCAGUACCUGCUGAAUGAUUUUGCUCUUGUUCACCUGGCAGAGAGCUUUCCAUGCUACAUUCAAGUUGGAGGACUUCACUUUCAUGUUCUUCUAUGGCUAAGAAGAUAAGAUAUAAUCUUAAUAAGUUGGGCAAGCAGAUUGUGACACCUGAGGCUGAUUGGUUCUUAUAUAUUUCUAUUGUUCAGUGUUAUCCAGAAGUUUUAGAGUAGCCAGCUCCCAAAGCAAAGAAACUGGUGCCUGACACCAAGCACUGAUAAAGCGAGAGUACUGUAUCUAAGGGAGGGGUUUGGGGACAUUAAGCCCAGAGAUCUGAGAAGUUUUGCUCAUGAUUUAUAAGCUUUUCCAGAGUUCUCCCAAGAACCAAGUAAGUUAUCAUGCUGGUAAAUCCAUAGAAAAUGUGGUCUUUUACUUUUAUAAAAUAACUUUAAAGCAUGUUUCAGUUUACUAUGAGAUUACCAGCACAAUAAACUAUUGGUUUUUAACCAAUCAGAAUGCAUGUACUGUCUUAGUUAUUUUAUAAUUAAAAAUAUUAUCUGGCAAUGUCUCAUCAAAAAUCAUUCAGUAAAUAUAUCGAUAAUACCAUUAGCAAAAGGCAAAUUGUCAUACACCAAAGAGCUUUUUGUACGACAAGUUAUUGUUUGUUUCUUUUAGGACCUUCUGAAAAAUUCAAGAUAAAAGGUACAGACAGGUUUUUUUACUGUUUUGAGUCAUAAGAGUAGCCAGCGAAACCACCAGUCGCCUGCGCUUCUGGAGAACACUGAUUGUUCACUGCUCUAAGCCAAUCUCAUUCAAGAACUUUUUCCAUGUAUAUUAUUAAGUUUUAUAAUAAAUACCAUCUACCAUGAACUAUAUCUGUACCUGCUGAUUGACUUUGCUCUUGUUCACCAAGCAGAGAGCAUUCCAUGCUACAUUCAACCUGGAGGACCUGACUUUCAUGUUCUUCCAUGGCUAAGGAGAUAAGCAAGCAGAUUGUGACACCUGAGGCUCAUUGGUUCUUAUAUAUUUCUAUUGUUCAAUGUUCUCCAGAAGUGUUAGAGUAGCCAGCUCCCAAUGUAAAGUAACUGGUGCCUGACACCAAGUGCUGGUAAAGCGAGAGUACCGUAUCUAAGGGGGUUUGGGGCAUGAGGCCCAGAGAUCUGAGAUGUUAAGCUGGUGGUUUUACAAGCUUUUCCAGUCUUCUCCCAACAUCCCAAGUGGGUUAUUACACCAGCAAACCCUUAGAAAAUGUGGUCUUUUACUUUUAUAAAAUAACUUUAAAGCAUGUUUCAGUUUUCUAUGAUUUUACCGGCACAAUAAACUAUUGGUUUUAACCAAUCAGAAUGCACGUACUAUCUUAGUUAUUUUAUAAUUAACAAUUAUUCCACGAGGGCACAUUGGAUAUGAGAUGGUAAAUAGCCAACGAGGCGCAUAGCGCCGAGUUGGCAAUUAUAAUCAUCUCAUCCAACAAGCGCAAGUGGAAUAAUAAUUAUUUUAUUAAAAAACGCCCACAAAAUCCCUUUGAAUCUUGUUAGAACAAACCAGAAAAGACAAGGGAGUUCCGCUAUUCACAUGUCACAUGUCUAUCAGAACUGUCAACGCGUGAACCGACUCGCCUGGACUGGAUGAAUGAAAAAUCAAAACAUUGUAGAGAUGAACACUUUUAAAAACUCAUCGAGAUUCUAGGAUUUUACACAGUGGGACAGCUAAAAAACCUGGCAGAUAAUGUGAAGAAAAAUAAUUCUUAACAGCCAUCAAAAUUACUGUGAAUUUGGAUUUUGGAGCAGUUACAAAAGUAAGAACAACGGAGAUAAACUAUUACCUUGGUCGCUUGUUAUGAAGUUGUUUGAAGCCACAAGCUGGUUUUGCUGAACAAGAAAAGAAGCUUUACUGACGCCUCGAUUGCUGUAGUGAAUGGCUGCAUAGCCUGUAUUCUGGUUGCUUGUGAUUUAUAUUCUUCAUGUCGGAUAAACAAGCCGCAGCUAUCUAUCGGCAAGUGCCUCAGCGAGUGGCUUUGCAACCAUGAAUAAACAACACCUGUCUUCUUUUGUAGCUGUUCAAGGCACUUUAGUUCCAUGUAUUUUCAUGUGUUUUUCGAUAAACGUUCAAACAAGCUCUUGUGGCUUUUUUGUUUGUUUGUUAUUUUCCCGAUGAAAUUGCAUGUUUUUAGUAUUCUAAGAAAUGAACACGAUUUGCUUGGGCGCCGUUUUAUCCUUCAAGGAAAAAAAAUGGAACUUACAAAAAUUCAAGAUAAAAGUUACAGACAGUUUUUUUUUUAUGUUUUGACUCAUAAGAGUAGCUGGCACUUUGGAAAAGAGUUCCCAGUGAAACUGCCAGUUGCCAGCGCUGCUGAAGAACACUGAUUGUUUAUUAGCCAAUCACAGGUUUUCAUUCUCUGAGAAAUUUGCACUUUAUUUCCUUAUUUGUGCCUUAUGUUUCCUUGUUUUUUGUACUGUGUUUACUAAAAACUGCACUGCUCUAAGCCAAUCUGAUUCAAGAAAUUUUUCCAUGUAUAUUAUUAAGUUUUAUAGGAAAAUUCAUUACCUGACGAGGGAAUUCCAUGUUAAAUUGCACAAAACCGAUAUUGGUUUUCAAGUGCAAUUUAACGUGGAAUUCAUGAGUCAGGUAAUGGAUUUUCCUUGAAUCGCAUAAUCGAAUAAAAAUCAGAAAAAAAAAAAAACACACCAAUAAUACUGUUUGUUUUUAUCCUGAGCGCCGCCCCAGAAAGCCAUUUCAAAGUCAAAUGUCAAACCUGUCAUUGCGUUAGCGAAUAGGAAGCAAGGUCAGUCAUACAUGUUUGAACCUUUGACAACUUUUUUUGUACCUUGUGCUUGUUUUUACAUUUGUUUUCAAACUUUUUACACAUGAACAAGCUUCACACUAAUUGUAAGGAUAAAUAGAGGCAUUUCAUUGAAUUUACAAGCCGUUAUCUAUAGCAUCCUUUUUCAAAUUGGUCAUUUGCUCGCGAAGGAAAAUAAUUUACACCUUUUACCUCUUCGGUAGCAAAACUGAAAGAAAUGAAGUGUCCAAGGCAAAGCACUGAUUUUAACGUUGCGAUUGAUAUAAGGUAAGUACCUUGAAACGUUUUAAAAAUGCUGUUCAAGUUCAGCUCUGUUUUGUACUUUUCUAAGUACCAUGAUUCAGGAUGAAUGCAAGUGGCAUACUCUUUUUCGUGUUUUCAGGGACCAUGUGAUCUUUGAAGGUAUUUAUUUCUUCUUCUGUAUAUGUGACAAUUGACCCUGGCACUUCCUCCAUUGUCGCUUCUCCGUUUUGUUUGUUUGAAUUUGGCUUGCCAUUUUCUGGGCUGUGUUCACAGGAUUUUCUUGUUUUCUCAUUGUCGCUGGCAAAAGGGGUUUUUUAUACCUCUCCAAGAAUUUGUAGUUUAGUUCAAAACAAGAAAGAACCUCCGGAUCACUUUAAAAAAUGCUUUUGUUUGUUUUUAACUAUUUAUUUAUUUAGUCACUCACAACACCUUAUACAACAUAAACAAAA